AUGACACUUUUGAAUGGAAAUGAGAACUCCGUUUCAGAUCAGAUCUGCACAAAACCAGCCCAGGUCCAAGCCAUAAUAGGAGAGACAUAUUCAUCAGUGUCCAUGGCUAUUGCAAAGAGUAUUGGACCUUUCAGUGUGCCCUUAAUCAGUUACUAUUCUACCUGUGAGUGUCUGAGUGAUAAAAGGAAAUAUCCCUCAUUUCUGCGCACUAUUCCCAGUGAUUAUCACCAGACCUUAGCACUUGCCGAGAUGGUCAAGCACUUUGGCUGGACCUGGGUGGGAGCAAUAAGAAGAGAUGAUGACUAUGGAAAUAAUGGGAUGGCCGCAUUUACUAAAAUUGCAGAGGAGCUGGGCAUAUGCUUGGAAUAUUCCCUUCCAUUUUUUAGAACCUACUCACAAGAAAAAGUGUUGAGAAUCGUUGAGCAAAUUAAAAGUUCAACUUCUCGAGUGAUAGUGGGAUUUGUCACUCCCUGGGACCUGGAGAUUUUACUCCAAGUAUUUUCUGAGCACAACAUCACGGGAUACCAGUGGGUGGGAAGUGAGGGAUGGAUCGCUGAUCUAAUAGCAGCUGCAUUGGACAAGUACAAUAUAUUGCAAGGAGCCAUAGGGCUAGCUAUUCCAAAAACAACAGUAACAGGUUUGAAGGACUUCAUUCUAGAUAUAAAACCAUUGAAAGCUGUUGGCAGUGACAUUUUUACAAAAUUUUGGGAAGCUCUGUUUACUUGUACACAUACAGUGCAGAAUAACUCAAAUAACAUACCAGUCUGCACAGGAGAAGAGAAAAUCUCUGCGGUGACAAACACAUUCACUGAUAUGUCCUUGAUGCCUAUUUUCAGUAAUGUGUAUAAAGGAGUAUAUGCCAUUGCCCAUACACUGCAUGGACUUCUUGGCUGCAAGCAAACAUGUCCUGUAAAGAAGCAGCCCGAUCCUAUUACAGUGAGUAUACAGUAUUUUCAAGUACAUUUUACAGUAUUUUUUUUAUUUUUGUACUUUAAAGCUUUGAUAUACACAAACUAUAUUAAUAUAAACACAUAUAAAAUUCAGCAUAUUUUAAAAUGCAUUUUUUCUUCAUUCAGUUAAGUGUUGUUUCAAUAGCAAUGUUGAAAAGCAGAUUAAUAGACAGCUUUAUAUACAUUGAUAUUUAGACACAAUGGAAUACUGAGUUUUUUUCCCAUAAGUUUCUAGAACACCUCAAAUUGGUGCGUUUCAAGACCAAAGAAGGUGAAGAUGUUUAUUUUGAUAAAAAUGGUGAUCCGCCAGCAAGAUACGAAAUAAUCAAUUGGCAAAAACGUACUGAACACCAAUAUGAAUUAGUCACAGUUGGACUUUAUGACUCCUCUCUGCCUGCUCAGGAUCGAUUAGCAGUAAAUAUGGCCUCCAUUGUUUGGGCACAAAAUACAAAUCAAGUGAGUAUUUGGAAAAAUAUGUGACUUGGUCUCAUAUGUUGUGUAUGUUGGGUUUUCAUACAUUAUGUGUAUAAUGGAGUGGUCUUAUGUACUUCCAGUAGUUACUUCAAUUCAAUAACAAUUUUUUUUUAAUUUUAUUUAUUUAUUUUUUUAUUGGUCCUUGGUUUAUGUAUUUUCAGUGAUUGGUUUACAUAUGCUUAAAUAAUGUUUAAUGAAAACAGCAUUUAACAUAAUAUUUAACAAAAUUAAACUUUUGCCUUGGUCAUAGGUGCCAAAGUCCAUAUGUAGUGAGAGGUGCCCCCCUGGCACAAGAAAGGCUGUUCAGAAAGGAAAGCCAAUCUGCUGUUUCGACUGCAUACCAUGUGCUGACGGAGAGAUCAGUAAUAUGUCAGGUGCAAAAAGCGGCUGACAUAUACAUAUA